AGAGGCGGCGCGCGGUGCAGCCAGUCGCGUGAAAACGCCGAUGACAGACAGCGGCAACCGAUGCGCCGGUAUUUAUCAACGCUGAGAUGACCUACCGAACACCAAAGCGUCUCGCGUCCGCUGAUUCUGAGCGCAAAUAACCGCGGAGGAGCGAAUCUGAAGCGGCUCGGAUCGUUGUUUCACUGCGCGGAUCGAAAACUACAUCCAUCCAUCCAUCAGUCGCGGAGCGUGAGAUGACAAAGUGAAAGAACCUGGAGAUGUCACAGAAGAAGAUAUUCCUAGUAUUGAUUGCAAUCAGUACGGUCAGCUUGCUUCUGCACCAUGGGGGUCACUUGAACUUGACACUGGAGGCAUUCUGGUUGGGCUGCCCAUCCUCCAUGGUCUCCUCAACCCAGGGCAGCAGUGGACCUUCUGCUAAACACACCAGUGUAGCCUUCCUUAAGACGCACAAAACGGCCAGCUCCACUGUGCAGAACAUCCUCUUCCGCUUUGCUGAACGCAACAACCUCACUGUGGCGUUGCCUAUUACCACCUGUGACCACCAGUUCUGCUACCCUCGACCGUUCAGUGCCCACUUUGUUCACCCACACACCACGCCACCUGACAUCAUCACCAAUCACUUACGAUUCAGCCGGACUGAGCUACGACGCCUCAUGCCCAACAACACAAUUUACAUCACGAUACUGCGGGAACCAGGAGCGAUGUUUGAGUCUCUGUUUACCUACUUCAAUCAGUACUGUCUUAGCUUUAAACGUGUCCCAAAUGGCUCUUUAGAGACUUUCCUGGACCACCCUUGGAGCUACUAUCGUCCAGAAGAGAAGGAUUCAAUGUAUGCAAGAAAUACACUGACUUUUGACCUAGGCGGUGAUAAAGACCGGCCAUCUUCAGAGGCGCCAGCAUACGCGAAACGUUUCGCUGCAGAAAUGGAGCGAGUUUUCUCGUUGGUUAUGAUUGCGGAAUACUUUGACGAAUCCUUGGUGCUGCUUCGCCGCUUGUUGUCUUGGGAUCUCGACGACGUUCUGUACGUCAGUCUCAACAUGCGCACACCUGACUCCAAGAGCAGCCUUUCCAGUGAGAAUACGGCCAAAAUCAGAGCCUGGAAUGCUAUAGAUUCGGUAGUGUAUGAUCACUUCAAUGCCUCGUUGUGGCGACAGCUGAGAGCGUUGGGCCUAGCGUGCGUUGAGCGGGAAGUCCAGCUGUUGCGUCAGUCUCGUGACCGACUUGUCCGCAGCUGCUUCGGAGGGCAUUUGCCACCGCUUCGCUCUGCUGCACAGAUCACGAAUAAGGAAUUACGGCCUUGGCAGCCCAGUGCCAAAGUGGAAAUUGUUGGGUAUGAUUUACCUGUUAACAUGACACAAAAAGGCCAUGUUCCUCCACGAGACGAGUGUUUAAAGAUGAUAAUGCCAGAAGUGCAAUAUACACGGCUGUUGCUGCGCUCAGAGUCCCUACGUAUUCGAAAGCGAUUUCCAUUACGGAGCUCCCAGCAGACUUUACGAACCGUGGGACAAGUACGGGCACACAAAGAAUCCCCAGCUCCGAGUUUGAAUCCGCGACCCUCAGAGACUAUGGCUCGGCUACGGCUUUCCCAAUAACCAGUGUGAAAGGAUAGUUAAACUUCUUUUCUUUUAUUCCCCAUUCCUUGAAGCUAAAUGUCCAUGAGAUGUUGGAAUUACUUGAAAGCUUGAGGUCAUACCUCAUUUGUAUUGGAUGUGAGCACAACCAAACGUACGCUCACAACUCUUGUUCUAAAAGUUAGAAAAAAUCUUUGUGUUUCUCAAAUUGAAAUGUAAAAAGGUGAAAGAAAAUAUAUAUUGUAGUUUAAAUGCCUGACAUCUGGAAUGUGUCUCAAUCUCCCAAUGACUCUCUCUCCGCUUAUAUACCAUCCCUUAGCCUACUGUUUGUAUUUAAGCCAUCAUUACCCUGCUGGAAAAUCCCAAAUCAGUUUAAGUUGGUACCUAGUUUUACAUGGUUUCUAGCUAAUUGAAGCUAAUCUCUUCUGGUCAUUGCUGGUCCAAGCUUGUCUAGAGGGUUAAUCAGCUGUAUUACCAGCUGGUGAUGUUUAGGUUGACCUGGCAGGUCAUCUUGGUCAAGCUUGGUUAGGACCACCUCGAUAGACUACAAGCUACAAACCAGCUUGGUGUGAUCUUGUUUUUCCAGCAGGGUCUUAGAAUCUGCUUCUCUUUGCUGGUAUUUGGAGUUAAGACUUUAUUUCUGGUAAUUGCAUCUGAUCAUUGUUAGGCUUCUUUUUUACCAGCAGCACUCUGUUUGAGUGUGAUCUUUUACACAUGCGAAUCAACAUACUGACAGCUGCACCUGAGCCACAAAUCACCAUAAUUGACUCUUCAGUUGUGGUCCAAAAACCCAGCAUCAUGUGUCGAUGAUAAUGCAACCAUCUCGAAGGACUUUUAAAUAUUUAAUCAUUUAUUCUUUAGCCUCUCCUUGGGCAGCGCUAGGGUUACACAGCCCUGCAUUUUUAUGAGGCCACUAUGGACCAGGCCAGAGAGGUUCAGAAGCCGGGAAUAGUGACAAUUCGUCUACGUGGACCCAAACGAGGUCAGUGAUGAAGAAUCGCUAUACGUUAUAAGCCAGAGUAAGCAGAGUGUUAGUUUAAUUUUAAUGGUUUUUUUUGGGAUAAUGCUUAUACUGCAGUGCACUUGCAAAUAUCUUAACUUAUGUAAUUAAAUUAUAGUAGGAAAUACAGCUCCACAUUGUGUUUAAGACAUACUCUACACACAAGUAAGCAAAUGCAAAAACUUCUAGCUGUGUGAGAUUGAUUUUAAUGCCUGUGUUUGCAUACUUAAGUAGAGUGUGCUUUUGGCCUAACUUUUCUUUACCGGAGCUUCACUUAACAAAGGCACUGUGAUGUAGAGGUACUGGGUGGUGACCGAGUGAAUGGUAGCCACCCACACAGAGUCGUGCCAGUGGAAUGUAAAAGCAUAGUCUGUCGACUCUGUCUUUGUACUUAAAACGCAACACUACCAUCUUUUAAGCCAGUGCUUUUCAACUAGUUUGCUUUUGCAACACAGGAUUGACUUUGAAAUAAAUUGACACCAAAUUACCAUCGAGCAUGACUGGACGCAAAUCAGACCUGGAACCAACUGGUUGAGAACCACUGGUUUAGUGCUGUGUUUCCCAACCCUGUUCCUGGAGGUACCCCAACACUAGACAUUUUUCAGUGCUUCCUGAUCAAACACAGCUGACUCAACUCUUCAGUAGAGACUCCAAGACCUGAAAUGGAUGGGUCAGAUAAGAGACGCAUCCAAAACGUGUACUGCUGAAAUCAUGGGCGUAACCACCAUAUACUGUACUUUGGGGGGACGUGUCUAAAAGAAAGAAGCAGGAUGAACAGGCGGACAUUGGCCCUUUUUUUCAGAUGGUAAGCAAGUAGACACCUAAAAAGUAGUGCCAUGGUCAAAAAUACAGCGGCAAUUUUUGAAUAAAUGUGAAAAAAUAUCACGUUUAAAUGGCUCAGUAUUAUAGCUAGGUAGCUAGCAUGAUAUCCUGAAAAUAGGCUGAAUAAUGAACUGCUGGAGUCACAGACCAAGGAGUUCCCGCACUUCCCACUCGAUUGAUAAGCCUCUAUUCAUUCGUUGAUGGCCUGACCUGUUUGUUUUUACGAUCUGAUCCGCAACUGAACGUGUGUGGGGUGGGGUUGUAAGUUUGAUUUCAUGAUUGAUAUGAUUUCAUUCACACGAAACACACAAUAUUUAAACCAAAAUGCUUUAGGUAUGUACGUUUUCCUCAUCGGAAGCCAUCCUAUUUGCUGCUAUGUCAGAGAAAUUGCAGACUGUUCUUUCAAUGUUAAUUCAAAUGGUCAAUGUAUUCCUCAAAACUAUGUUCUAGAUGAGCAAAUCUUUAUCAAUAUAUGAAAAUUGUGAAUUGUGGGAAAUGCACUUUAAGAAAAAAUAUCUGGGGAAGGGCUCACAUUUGGACCCCCCCCCCCCCCCCCCCAGUAUCUAUACCAUGGUUACGCCCUUGGCUGAAGUGCCUCCAGAAACAAGGUUGGGGAAACACUGAUUUAGGGUACCAAAUAGAAACUGAAUACCUCUGAAAGAACAUAAUUUCUAAUAUCCGUUUCUUUGCUGUUCAAAGUCACAAGGUUUAUUCGGUAGAGGGAUAUAUUUUUGGACAGGAUGCUAAAUUUGCUGCUCUCUCCCAAACUUUCCGGCAAUAAGAAUUCCCUUCCUUUUUUUGAAAUGAGAAGUCAUCCUUCAUUUGGUAACAUCUCGCUAUCGUAUUUCUUUAGACGUACUGUAUUGUAGAGAAUAGUAUCUGGAGCAAUAUAGCAAUGGUGUGUACGCCAUAAGGGAAUUACUAGUCAAAUGAAGGUAUGUAGAUCAAAACAUCACGAGCGCCUUGAAACAAUUAUUCACCCAUAAACCAACUCCUAUUCUUAGGAGUGCUAGAUGAUACCUAAAGAAAUACUGUUAGUGUUUGUUGUGAACAUACGGUCUGGAUCUACGAAUCCCAAAAGACAACAUUCUCAUUUCCUCAUGUUUCAAAAUUAGAAAUACCUCGGAUAAUAAAUUAAAACUGUUGAUAGUGGAAGCAUCUCAGUCCUUAAAGACUGUCAAGCUAUUAGACAUGUAGAAAGUGCUCUUUGAUUGUAUAUAAUGUACUUUCUGUUGAACAUAACACAAUUUCGAGUUAAAAUUUAAAGAUGAUUUUUGAACACGUGACUCGUUCUGUGUUCUUGUUUGGGUUAGAAAAGCUCUCGGUAGAUAACACUGCUGACAAUUCAAGGUUUUUUUGUCAUCUCUGAUGUAUUGUAAGAGAAAUGAGAAGUACAGCAUGGAGUGAUUUGCCAUAAUUUACUGUAUACAAAGAAUCUGCUGUGCAACCAGACUUCAUGAAGACUGAAGAGAUAUUUUCAUGCGUUUUGUGCUGAAUAAUUAGAUGACAAUAGAUGUUUUUCCAUCAAAUUCAUUCUUUCAUACUCUAUUUAUUUAACUGCUACAUAUUCAGUGACU